UCCAAAACAUUGUUGACCUGAAUGAAUUUUAACAUCAGGAAUAUACAGCACAGUACAGUAUAUAGAUAUUUUGCAGUUGUUGUCGUAAUUGUGUCGUCAUUAUCAUGCGACACUGCUGCACGUGAAGGGGAGAAGUUUGGACGUCGCCAGAGAGAUGGGCAAGGGGGAGGAGGAGAAGAAGACGACAGCUCAAUUAGAAGUAGAUGAGAGGACGACGGUAGCCCAAAGCGGGGAGGAGAGAAAGAGUGCAAGUGAAGAAAUCGAGGAGGAGGACGAGGAGGACAAGAGUUAUCCACCUCAAGAAGAAGAGACAAUGGAAGAUGAAGAGGAGAAUGUGAAGAUUACAACUCAAAAAGAAGAGCAGGAGGAGGACGGGAAACUGUCAAUUCAGAAAGAAGACAAGCGUAUAAAGCUAACUCUGAAAGGUGUAGCAACGAACUCUUCUUCCUCUGACAAGAAGUGUGUUCCAGGAAUUCUUUACUUGGGUCACAUCCCUCCAAGGUUCCGGCCUAAACAUGUCAGAAAUCUUUUGUCUGUAUACGGCGAGAUCGGGCGAAUCUUCCUGCAACCCGAAGAUGGGCAGAUAAAGGCGAAGAAAAAGCGCUCGGGCUCCAGGAGGAGCGACUUCACUGAGGGCUGGGUGGAGUUCCGCGACAAGCGGGUGGCCAAGCGAGUGGCGGUGUCUCUUCAUAACACACCCAUGGCGACACGCAAACGCCAAACGUUCGUGUCCGACCUCUGGUCCAUCAAGUACCUUCACAGGUUCCAGUGGACGCACCUGAGCGAGCGUCUGGCCUACGAGAAGAUGGUCCUCCAGCAGCGCCUGCGCACCGAAGUGUCGCAGGCCAAGCGCGAAACCAACUUCUAUCUGAACAACGUGGACAAGAGCGCUCGCAUGGACAAAGCGCGCAAGAUGGAGAAAAGGAAGGCGACGGACGCACAGCAGCACGCGGAGGAGCGCACCUGGGACUUCACGCAGCGCCAGACGGAGGAGGAGAUCCAAAGGAAGAAAAAGAAGAAGAAUAUGAAGGCAACGAUGGACUCGGGCACCCAGAAGCAACAGGACAAGGACUACCUCCACCAGCUCAAGAGCCAAUCAAACGUCUCCUUGCUGGCCAAGAUUUUCAAUUCCCAUCAGCCGUAAGAGCUGGUGGCGUAUCACAAAAUGUAUACUGCACACUGAUGUGGAAAUCCCUCAUGAUUAUGUGUUAAUUAUGUAAUUAAAUAAUAGAGAUGAGGUAGCUAAUUAGCAACAAACAAUGUACCCGUAUACAGGCCUUAAACUGGUUAUUAGAAAAAUAUAUAAUCAAUUCUCAAACAGAUUGCCGGUGGAGAGGUAAUGACAUAACUAGUUAGGAAAGGCUACGAUAGGGAGAGCCUAUCCCACACUUAUUUAUGGAAAACCCACUCAUUUGUCCUGAUCCCUCCAUUUUUGUUUUCAUCAGGAAUAAGAAAUGUCAGUUAUUUGCAGAUUUACGCGAUUUGCUGCAAAUAGUGGGAUCUUCUGUACACUAUUGGUUAACUAUAAGAUCUGGGUGGCAGAGCUAAUUAGCUAAUGUAUAAUAAUAAUAGACCGUUCCUUAAUGUUUAUAAACAAUAGGAGGCAUGAUACUGCCAGGUGGCAAAAAAGUAAGCGACUACUGCUGACUUGACAACAAAUAAGAAAAUUUACACAUAAAGUAUGCCCCAAAUUAUUAUUUUUUUUAAAUUACUGGAAACCAGUGCAACAUUUGCGUGGAGAGGAUCAAGUGGGUGGAUGUCUUAAACUGUUGUAGAAGCUCUAGUUUAAAAUCGCAAGAUGGCCUGGUGGCAUCAGAAGCCACUAUUAAAACCUCCUCGUACUCCUGCCGAAAGAGGUUGUAAACUUUAAGCAACAGAAAAGAUCGCUAGUACCCAGUCCCUCAAUGAUCAGGUCAAUGGUCUUUAAUUUCACAUAUUUGAACAACAGAUAACAAUUCAGCAAUCAUUUAAUCAAGCCAUUUUGAAUUAUCCAUUUUCUGAGCGGCUUAUCCUCACAAAGGUCGCUUGAGCGCUGUAGCCCAUCCCAUCUAUAUUCUGGCGAGGUUACAUCCUGAACUGGUUGCCAGCCAAUCGCAGGGCACAGAACUCUGGCCAAAUUUUCUGAAAGGGUUUAUUUCGGAGUGGUACGAACAG